AUGCAGUCCUUGGAUGCUUGGGAGAGCUGCAAGCACGCAUUCAUGGACGAGUUGUCUGGCCCAGGCUUUGUGCUUGUCUAUGAGAAUUGCAUCAAGCUGGAUGAGGAGGGAACGUUGUGGUGCUGGUGGGGCUUGAUAUGCCCCCAGGGGACUAUUUUAAAAAUCCAGCCCUUCAAGGAGGGUGCAGAGCUGCAGGAGAUUGCUCCACCCUUCUUCAUCCCAGAUGUGCAGAUCAGCGCGGAGGCCGUCCCUCCUGCGAGCGGAGUGGCCACGGCGAGGUGA